AUGCCUUUUCCUCGAUGCAGAUAUUAUGAUGAUGCUGGCGGACCGAUUCGUGGAGGUUGCAAAAGCCAAAGAUGUAGAUUCGCCCACCCCGACAGCAGUGAUUGGGAACGAGCUCCUAAACCAAAUCGGACAAAUUAUCACGGUUCUUUACAUGGGCGUCGUAACUCGGAUACAGAGAGCACCAAUACCAAUGUCGCUGACCGAAUUGCGAGUUCAACGUGGUCCCUACCCUCUUCACCACCGAAAAGGAAAGUCAGUGAAGAUCGCGGCAAUGAUUCCUGGGCCAAUAUAAUCGACAGCGCUUGCGGCCCUCCAGAAUCUGGUGAUGGUAAACGCACGGCCGCAAUGGACCGCAAUGAUCUGAACCAUUCAAACAGUGUUUGGGGGAGUUCUAAGAAGGUCAUCCAGGCUCCGAGCAGUUCGAAUUCUUGGGGAGCUGAGGGAAGUUCGUGGGGUAACUCUGAUAAUAGUACAUGGGGAGAUACUCCAGCAACAUGGGACAAAAAUGUCGCAGCGGCAUGGGGUACUCUGGACAGCGACAGCAACAAAGACUCUGGAAAACCAUCGGAGAAACAGAAGGGAAAACAACCUCAAGCGUCAACAUCUUCUUGGGGAACGAUCGAGGGUAAAAAGACACUGGUCGCGACACCUGCGCCUGCUUCAUCCAGAACAAGUAUCGAACGGACCACGCCUGUAGUACCUCCCAUCCCCACCAACCUCCCGAAACCAUCUGCUUGGUCGCCGAUUGAGCCUUCGUCAUCCGCGACCUCUCACAAGGCAUAUUCGAAUUCCCCUACCAUCCCUCAACAUGCUCCAUUUUCCAUUCGGAUGUCUACAAAACCAUCUGAACGUCUUACUUUGAAGGCAGCGGAAAAGACUCGUGAAGCGUCGCCUGUGUUCAGCGAACGGUCACUGAGCUCUGCAACUGUCGACAAACAACGAUCACAUUACAGGAAAGCUAUAGAGAAAAUGGUCACAAUUUCCCUCCUGAAGCAACAGCUGGAGAAAUCUCAGCAGAAACUCCUUCGAUGGAAAGAAAUACAGAAAUCGCGGCGCUUUGCGAGAGUACGGGUCGGAGGCGCCAAGAAACUGGACGAUACGCGUCGCUUUUUAACCAAGGAUUGUCAAGGAAUUCAUACACGAAUUGAACGCGAGGAGAAAUCCCUAUACGAUAUACCUGACUUUUUUGCAUCUACCAAGUUAGAUAUCACGGGUUUCAAUGAGAAGACGGCACAGUAUCUUGCAGAGGUAGAAGAGUGGAUCUCUGACAUGGAGAAAGGAGGGGAAACAGCAAAAGCGGAAGAGAAACAAGGGGGAGAUAAUCAAACCUCUGAGGAGCCUGAACUUAGUCCUAUGCUGAGAAAAUGGGCCGAGCUGAAGGACAAGGUGAAGAGCCUAGAGGAAAAGCUGGAUGACAUUGCGGCGGAGAUUGAGGACUACCGCAAUUUCGACGUUAACGAAGAAGCAAAUAUCAUCGUACAGGACAUGCUUCGGUCGAAGGCGGAAGUGGUUCAGCCUCAAAUUCAAGAACAACAGGCAAUUCUUCUCGAACUGAAGGCAAAGCUCCAGAGUCGACAGGAACUCUUACAAACGAUGCAGGAGAGACACAAAGAGAAUCUGAACACCAAAGCCGAAAUUGAGAAAACGUUGGCUACAUUUGCUGAAUUGGGAGAGAUGCGCAGGACCAGGAUCCUUAGUCUGAGGAGAGAGAUCAUCAAUCUCCAUAACCUCAAACCGAUAUCAUAUCGCGAACACCUCAGUCCUCAGAUCAAGGAUUUCGUGGACACCAUAGUCAAUGAGCAAGUUAUUCCUGCGUUCAAUGCCCUCGCUGUUCAGUGCCACAAAGCAGCGGAACAAUCCCAUGUAUUGGCUGCUACGAAAAUUGACGAGACCCUCCGUCCCAUAGAGGCAUUCAUUACUGGGAUACAAGCUGACGCAGCUCGUGAAGCCAAUCUUGUCAGAAGCCGCUAUUGA